UGCUCCGGCGGCGGACCCGGCACCCCGGCAGCCCCGACCCGGCACCCCGGUACCGGCGGCUCCGGCCCCCCCGGAACCCCCCGUCCAUUCACCAUCCAUAGCAGCGACCUCAGAACAGCGGCCGCCAUGGCUCCGUGCCCACGCUGACGGCCUCCCCAUCCCGCAGCACCUCGGGGUGCCUCCCCACCAUGGGGGAUUCCUACACCGCCGCUUUCCCCAGCGCCGCGGGGCUGCUGUCCCCCUCCGUCAGCCCCCAGGCGUCCCCCGGCCCCUACGGCCCCGACUACGGCCCCUUCGGUCACCCCUUCCCCACAGGCGCCGCCACGCAGGAGGUGCUGGGGGCUCCGGUGGUGGUGGCCACCAAAGGCCACCCGUCGGGCGACUGCUUGCCGGGGGUUUUCCCCCCGCUGGAGAUGCCCCAUCCCUACGGCUCCUGGUAUAAAGGCGGCCUCGGGGGGGGGCUGCCGGGAGGGUCGGGGCCGGCGGCCCCCGCUUGGUGGGACGUGCACCCUAACGGGGGUUGGCUCGGGGGUCCGGGGGGCGCCGAGGGGCUGCAGGGCUCCCUGCAGGCUCAGCCCGCGCUCAGCCCCCCGCUGCCCGCUUACGGCUCCGAUUUCGGGGCCCUCAACCCCCCGCCUUACGGCGGAGCUCCGGGGGUGACCCCGACGGCGGCGGCGCCUCCGAAAAGCGAAGCGGGGGGGGGCAAAGCGUUGCGUGGAGGGGCCGGGGGGGGCGGCGGUUCGCCGGGCGGCCGCGCUUCGUGCGACUGCCCGAACUGCCAGGAGAUGGAGCGCAUGGGGGGAGCGGCGGCGCGGGGGGGGCUGCGGAAGAAGGCGGUGCACAGCUGUCACAUCCCGGGCUGCGGGAAGGUGUACGGCAAAGCGUCGCACCUGAAGGCGCACCUGCGCUGGCACACGGGGGAACGGCCGUUCGUUUGCAAUUGGCUUUUCUGCGGGAAGCGCUUCACCCGCUCGGACGAGCUGGAACGCCACGUGCGCACCCACACCCGCGAGAAGAAAUUCACGUGCGUGCUGUGCAGCAAACGCUUCACCCGUUCCGACCACCUCAGCAAACACCAGAAGACCCACGCCGACCCCUCGGCCCCCAAAGCGCCUUCCGAGCCGCCCCCCACCGCUCCCCCAGCCUCUCAGAACAACCCGCCCCCCCCCGGCCCGCCCGGUUCCCCGCGCCGACCCGUCGCUCCGUCGCCCCGGCGGGAUGCGGGCAGCCCCGAGGCGGGCAGUUUGCUGGAGAUCUGACGCCCCUCCUCUCCUUUCCUUUCCCCCUCCUCGGUAUUUAUUUCGGGGUGCCCCCCCCCCCCCCCCAUAGAAAACCCGUCCUUCCCCCCCCCCUUCCCCCCCACCGCUCACCCAUAGGCAGCGGCGCCGCGGGAUCGUUUAUAAUUUAUGUCUUAAAUUAUGGCGUGGGGGCCGUGCUGGGGGGGUUGAGGUGGGCACCCGCUUUGU